AUGCCUGAUGAAUUGUCGGCGAGGCUGGGUAAGCAAGCACUCGGCCGACACGCCUUCGAAGACCGCAUGCCAGCAAAACUCUCUUACGCUCUCGACAACGAAGAUGACCGCAAUCAUCUCCACAAUGUCAUCCCCAAACUCCACCAACUCCUCACCCGAGACUCCGACAUCGAUGUUGCGUACCUAUGCCGCCCUUCAGCCGUGCAAGUCUUCAAAACAUCCGACGAAGGCGCACACUUCUGUGGCUAUCGCAACAUGCAGAUGCUGUGUCUGGCUUGCGACCUGCCCGUAGCCUCCGAUCCCCAGCGCAAGCUGACGGUCUCGAGGCUGCAGGAGCUGAUUGAGCAUGCGUGGGAUCUAGGCAUCAAUGCUCAUGCGCGCGAGCAGACCGGGGGGAUUCUGGGGAGUAGGAAGCACGUGGGGACGUCGGAGGCCGAAGCCUUAUUCCUAAGCCUUAAUGUUCCUUGCACUGGCUCUGCGUUUGAUGGCAAAGACGCAUGGCAGAAGCUAUUGGACUCCAUCGAACACUACUUGUCCGCCUCCACAACCAACGUGGUCGCUGAAAAGCUACCAUCCAUCAUCCCGACACAACGCCCACCAAUCUUCCUCCAACGACCUCGACACUCUCUUACCGUGGUGGGAAUCGAAAGACUACGUUCCGGCAAGCGAAGGCUUCUCGUUUUCGAUCCUGCGUGGCGUCCGCCCUCCGCCAUGCAAGCUCCUCUCGCCGAAUUUGAGCGUGCGAGGUGGAAUGAUGCAUUGACCCUCGCCAGAUAUCGGAAGAACGAGAGGUAUUUGAAAAAGUACAGCGCGUUUGAAGUGCUGUUCAUUGAUUGA